CUGAAAUCCUGGAGAAUAUUGAUAAGUCUUUAGAUUCAUCUAAAGAUUUGUUGUCCUUGUUGAUUCUGGAGAAAAUCAAGGAGAAUGAAGAGGUGAUCGAAUCUGAAAUCGCCGACAUGAUUUUAGUGUACAUUGUUGCUGCUUAUGACAGUACAAGCACCACCAUAGCUUCCACUGUCAAAUAUCUUGCUGAGCUGCCUCAAGUUUAUGAAGAAGUCCGCAGAGAGCAAAUGAAGAUAGCAAAUUGUAGAGGACAAGAAGAAGCUUUGAAUUUGGAGGAUAUAAAAAAGAUGAGCUACUCAUGGAAUGUUGUAAGUGAAGUGUUAAGGUUGCAACCAACAAUUGCUGGACCUUUCAGAGAGGCCAUUACCGACUUCAGCUUUGACGGAUUUCUAAUUCCCAAGGGAUGGAAGUUACAUCGGGCAGUACACGGCACACAUAAAAAUGCAAAGUAUUUUCCAGAGCCAGAUAAAUUUGACCCAUCAAGAUUCCAUGAAAACAAGAUAGUUCCUUAUUCAUAUGUUCCAUUUGGAGGAGGAGCUCAUAUUUGUCCUGGAAGAGAGUAUGCUCGAUUACAAAUACUUGUGUUCAUUCAUUAUUUGGUUAAAAGAUUUAGGUGGGAGAAGGUGAUCCCGGAUGAGGAAAUGAUAAGGGAUCCAAUCUUAAGGCCGGCCAAAAGACUCCCAAUUCGUCUUUAUCGCCAUGAAUCCUGCUGAGCUAUUAGCGUCAGUUUAUCUUUACUUGGUUGUUUUCUUCUAUUGUUUAAGCUAUUUGUUUUUGGGUAUAAUCUACUAUAAAUUGGUACACGUAAUUAGUCCGUUUCUCAUGCAAACCUUAAAUAUGGAC